CCGUGGACCUGAACCUUCUUCCCUUUCUGCUCCUUUGCGGCUCCUUGAGGCUGAUGAAGAGGAGGUAGCUCACAUCCAAUUGGCCCUGGUUUUGUUCCAGUCAACAGGAUGCAUCUGGUCCUAGAGCCCAUACAGGAGGCCAUGAUGAAGAUGAUACCCUAUUUUGUGGAGAAUGCCGUCCUGACCCAGAGCGAGAUAAACCGCAUCCUGAGUGAGAGCUUCUUCAUGGUGAAGGGUGCUGCCCUCUUCCUGCAGCAGGGGAGCAGCCAACAGGGCCAGACAGCACAUCCUCACCACAAACAUGCAGGCGAUUUACCUCAACACCUGCAGGUGAUGAUCAACAUUCUUCGCUCCGAGGACAGAAUCAAACUGGCGGUGCGGCUCGAGAGUGCGUGGUCAGAUCGAGUGCGGUACAUGGUGGUGGUGUACACCAGCGGGCGACAAGACACAGAGGAGAACAUCCUACUGGGAAUCGACUUUACCAGCAAAGACUGCAAAAGCUGUUCGAUCGGCAUGGUGCUACCUCUGUGGAGUGACACAAAGAUCCAUCUGGAUGGAGACGGGGGCUUCACUGUGAACACGGCGGGUCGGACUCAUGUCUUCAAACCCGUGUCGGUGCAGGCUAUGUGGUCAGCCCUGCAGGUGCUGCACAAGGUGUGUGAGGUGUCACGCAGGUAUAACUACUUCCCUGGAGGCAUGGCUCUCACCUGGACGGGCUACUAUGAUAGCUGCAUCGCCUCAGAACAGAGCUGCAUCAACGAGUGGAACGCCAUGAAGGACUUGGAGACCACCCGGCCCGACUCGCCCACCAUGUUUGUGGACAAGCCUUCAGAGAGAGAGAGGACAGAGUGCCUUAUCAAAGCCAAACUCAGAAGCAUCAUGACGUGCCAGGACCUCGAGAACGUCACCUGCAAACAGAUCCGCACAGAGUUAGAACAACACAUGAGCUGUAACCUGAAGGAGUACAAGGAGUUCAUCGACAAUGAGAUGCUGCUGAUCCUGGGCCAGAUGGACAAAGCCACGCUCAUCUUUGACCACGUCUACCUGGGAUCAGAGUGGAAUGCGUCUAAUUUGGAGGAGCUGCAGGAGACGGGGGUGGGCUAUAUCCUCAACGUUACCCGGGAGAUAGACAACUUCUUUCCAGGCACCUUCAGUUAUCACAACAUACGCGUCUACGAUGAGGACGCCACCGACCUCCUGGCUCACUGGAACGACACGUACAACUUCAUAGUGAAAGCAAAAAAGAACCACUCAAAGUGUCUCGUCCACUGCAAGAUGGGCGUCAGCCGGUCGGCCUCCACCGUCAUCGCCUACGCCAUGAAGGAGUUCGGGUGGUCGCUGGAGAAGGCUUACAACUUUGUCAAGCAGAAGAGGACCAUCACGCGACCCAACGCCGGCUUCAUGAGGCAGCUGGCUGAGUACGAGGGCAUCCUGGACGCCAGUAAACAGCGUCACAACAAGCUGUGGCAUCCCGACGCAGACUGUGAGAUGUCGGAGGGGCAGCAGGGGUUGCAGUGUUGUGGAGGAGAGGAGGGAGACCACCCGACUCCCGAGCCGGGGAUGUCUCCCUGCUGUGAGGAGGCGCUCUCUGAUAAGGGGGCCACCUGUCCCUCCCCCCGUAGGGCUGUGGCGCUGGAGAUCGACCCUGCCUACAACAACUACUACUUCCGCCGGCUUUCUGACUCGGCGCUGGACAGCGAACCAUCGACUCCAGUGCGCGGCCCUCCCCUCGUCGGCAUGGAGAAAGUCUUCAUUGAAAUCGAGGAUGUGGAGCGAGACGCCCUGCUGGAUGACGAGGCCUUCGAUGGGCAGGAAGGACUCCCUCCGCCUCCCUUUGGACCAACAGCAGAGGGGGCCGCUGCACAGACAUCCUCUCGGGGACCGGAGCCCCUGGAGGAGCUGCGUCUGAGGCUGGAGUUCAGCACAGUGGAGGAGGAGGAUGAGGAGGAGGUGCAGAAGGAGGAGGCAGAGAUGGAGGUGCUCAUGCAGCCAGAUGAUGGAGGGGGCGGGGGAGCAGGCGGAGGACAGGAAACGCAAGAUGUCGAGGUGGAGGGGGAUGCAGAGGGUAAUGGGAUGGACCUGGCAACCCUGAAUGAAAACUCCAACAAUAACAACCAUAUCAGCACUCCACAGAACUUUCAUGAGAAAGUUGCCUCUGUCCCUCCUUCCAAGUCCAAGCUAAAAGACGACUCUCCACCCCUCGUUUCUAAGCUUUGCCUUAACCCCAGUCCCUCUGAAGUCCCAAGUGCUUCAUUCAAACUGCCCCAUACCUCUGCUGAAUGCCUAACGUCUUCAGUUGUAGUGCUACACCCCUGUGCCAACUGUGCUGCCUCCCCACCUGAAGCUCCCCUCGACGAGCAGCCAGGAGACCCGCCGCAGCUAAUGGAGCUGAAGGACGAUGGUGAUUUAGUCAAAGUAGAGAGCGACAGUCAAAGAAGUAAACCUGCUGCUGCCUCUGAGGCGGUCCCCGAGCUGGUGAGCAUGGACAUGGAGGGGGAGCAACAAGGUGUGGCGUGCUACAUCGGCCAACAACCGGAGACGCUUUCUCAGCUGCAGCGGUCUGGGCUGGUCCGCCGCCGAGCAGAGAGACUCGAGAGACUUUCAGGUUUAUCCAAGGAGAGCUUGCACUUCCUGACGCCUUUGCAAGCUUGCCAAAAGUCCAAGAACAGCCACCCCGAGGAGGAAGAGGAGGAGGAGGGGGAGGGGGAGGAGGAGGAGUUCUCCCGCAUCCCUGGGGAAUUCCCGAAAUCUUCCACACCAUGCCAAGUGCGGUUAGAGCCACUGGUGGUGCCACUGACCAAUGAAGCCUUGUUGGGGGUGGUGGGGUCCGGGUUGCUUACACCCACCAACUCGCCUCAUGGCUCCACCCUGACCCGCAGCUCGAGCAGCGACAGUCUGCGCAGCGUGAGGGGGAAACCCGGCCUCGUGCGUCAGAGGGCGCAGGAGAUCGAGACCCGCAUGCGCCUGGCGGGCCUCACCGUGCCCUCCAGGCUGAAGCGGUCCAACUCGCUGGCCAAGUUGGGCAGCCUCAACUUCUCCUCGGAGGAUCUGUACUCAGCCUGCUCGUCCGACGCAGGGACGCUGCUGCUCCUCUCGCUGUCCCCAGAGCCCGACCCCGGCCCCGAAUGGGACUCCCCCAGCACAUUUGCUCCGCCCCGGCCCUGCAAGGACCUGCACACUCCAGAGAGAGCGCUACCAGGUGAGCCCAGAAGCUGACACACCGAGAAGAGGCCACUUAUACACUCCACCCAUCCCCGGCUCCAUCACCCUGUGGGGCCAGAGAGCUGAGUCUAAAGAAACAAAUGAAAAUCUAAAAAAACAAUGCCAAUAGUUGUUCCAAGGAGGGCUCUCUCUCUCUCCUUUGCCACAUUGUUCUUCAAACUGCUGUUCACAGUGAUGAUCGUCUUAUUGCUGUAUCUGUGUAAGCCAUCCGUUCACCUCUAACUUGGUUUGAUUCAUGGACAAAACAAGUGCCUUACGAAUGAGACCAGAGGCACAGAGCUGUGUGUUAGACUGCGGGGAUGAGACGGCACAAGACCCUCUAAAACCUUUAACCCCACACAGCCACUCGUACCUGAAACGUACCUGUAGAUGGUACCUGAUGGCACUUAGAUUAUUUUUACCUGUCUGCUCCAAAGUGGAGGUGUGAAAGGAUCAACAUGAGUUCUUCAUCAAAGCUUUGACAGAAAGCAAAGUUACGAAAUGUAAAGUUGUUGACCACACAGUUUACGUUUUACAAACCUAAUCCCUGAAAAGUCGGGACGUUGUGUAAAAAUGUAAAAUAAAAACAGAAUGUGAUGAUUUUCUAAAUAUAUUAUAACACCAAGACGACAUGUCAAACGUUCAGAAAAACAGUGAGAGGGUUUUUUAAGAUAAUUAUUUUCCCAUCUUGAAUCUGAUGUCAGCAACACUUUGAGCAAAGAGUUGCUGACAGGAUCCUGUUUACCUCUCUAUGCAUCACUUUUUCUUUUAACACUUUUUAAGCGUUAUUUUAUGAACUGAGGAGAACAGUUUCUCUCAUUUUAGAAGUCUCCCAUGUCUUAUUUUAUGCUUCAUAAAGCUCUAAACACUUUCAAUGGUUGACGAGUCAGGGCGGCAGGAAGGCUCGACUCUUUUACUUUGGAGCCAAGCUGUUGUCACACGUUCAGAAUGUGGUGUGGCUUUCUCUUCCUGAAAUAAUCACAGCCUUCCCUGCAGAAAGAAGCCUCCUUUCUGCAAGCAUACGCUGCUCCAGUACCUGCUGUAUUAAUGAUUCAGCGUUAACGGAGCCUUCACAAACGUGCAGCCGACCCACUAGUGCUCCCUCAUACACAUCACAGAGGCUGCGGUACAUUUUUACACGUUAGUGAAUGCUCUGAUGACCUGUGCUCACACAUAACAGUGUUGGAAGUGUUCCUGAGAUCAUGCUGUGACGCCCACUACAGAGUCACAUCUGUUUUUUAAUGCAGGACCGUCUGAGGGUCAAAGGUCACAGCCACACAGUCUCCAUAUUUGGACUUCACUUGUCUCCUACAUGCAGAGAUUCCUUCAGAUUCUCUGGAUCUUUAAAUGAUAUUCUUUUUUACUUAUGACGAUGAACUCCACAGAUUCUGUCUGCCUCUCUGUGAUGGUCAUGUUUCUGACCUGUCGCCAGUUAACCUUAUUAACUGUGAGAAGUCCCGUCAGGUGAUUUCUUUUCCAGUCUGUUGGCAUCACAUUCAUAAAUGGGCGUACUGUAUAGUUUUAUAUAGAUAUGACAUUUCUCAGUUUCAGCAUUUGAUUUGUUGUCUUUGUGCCGUUUUCAAUUCAAUAUCAUCUUUCAGUGUUUUUCAAAUCAUCACCAUCUGUUUUAGUUUUUUUUACAUUUUACACGACGCCCGUCCCGACUUUUAGGAUCGGGGGUUUGUAGAUACUCGAGGGUUGUAAAUCAGACGGUUACCUCAUCACCAGAUGAACACCUGGCUACACUUCAGUUUACUGCAUUUAAGGAAACUCACUUUAAAGCAGAGGUGUUUGUGUUUAUGCAUUAACGUGUAACUUUGUGCGAGUUUGUGAGCGAGUGAAUGGGACGAAACAAAAGAGAGAGAGGAGGAGGAGGCUGUGACUUUUUCACUGUUUUCAACAAACAGAACAAAACAUUUGAGUUUGUUCUUACUUUGCACUGUUUUUUUAUCGAGUGAAUACCGGUACACACAAGCUAUCUUCCAAAAUAACAUUAGUGUAAUGUUAUUGACCUCAUCAUUCCCCGUCUGUGUCGCUGGGAGAGACGAGCGAGGAGUCACGCUGCAUGGCUAGAAACCUUCAGACGCCUCAGUGUGACGGAAACGUGUGAUGGAAGUGAGGUUUGUUCCCACGCUAAAGUUUAGAAACGAAACUUCCAGACCUUCUUUACCUUCCAAGGAGCUCAUCCUCGACGGGUUGCCAACACGUUGAACUCGUGCUUCUUGAAAUGUGAAAGACCAAAGUUGUUCGGCUGUUCUCGACGAAAUCGGAAAAACACCACCGAAGCUGUACUAAACAUGUGACCCAUCAUUUCAAUCAUGUUCGUAUUCAAAGAAAUGCUGUCACGUCUUUUUUGCACCUUUUUGGGGAAGCGACUCAGCGAAGUCCUCGGGCUCAUAGCUGUUAAGCUUUUUCACGCUCAUAUCAUCGGUCACGCCACGCUGACGUGACCAACGAUCACACGACAGGUUACUUCACCGUUUGUAACCUUUUUUUUUUUUUUCUUUUUAUAUUUAAGUAUGCAGUAACUUUUUGUACUGUACAUUGCUGUAGUUUGAAUGCAUAUUGCACUUUUUAUGUUGGUCAGAAUAAUGUACUGUAUGUGUUCAUUAUGGAAAUAAACAUUUCUUUUACAAGAAACA